AUGGAUAUUAAUCCUCAGUCGUAUAUUCUUUCGGAGGAAGAAUCGCGGAUUAUAUUUGAGCGAGAUAUCCUCCCCUCCGAAUUAAGCGGGCUCUCUUUGCGGGAGGCGCAUUUCUCAGGUAACGGUGAUGGAGCCGCCAGAACGCCGCUCGCGGUUCUGCUCAUCGGCCAGACGGGCGCCGGGAAGACGCGCACGGCGCCCGCGAUCAAGAAUGCCUUGAUCCGUCUGCGCGGUGGCGAGCGGCUCGCGCAUUUCGUCGCUGACACGUAUAAGACGUUCCAUCCGGCAUAUCGCAUGAUCCUCGCCACGCGCCCUGCUUUAGCCUCGCCGGCAACGAGCCCUGAUGCGCGGCGCUGGCUCGCCAUGGCUGCAUCUUAUGCCGCGUCGCAGCGCGCGGACGUGCUUAUCGAGUCCGCUGCCCGACAUCCGGGCGAUUUUGCGGACUUGGCGCGCCUCUUCCGCACAGAUGGUUAUCGCGUCGAAGUAGCCAUCCUGGCGGUCCCUGCAGCGCUUAGCCGUCUUGGCAUCCUGACGAGGUUCUAUGAGAAGCUGCCGGAGGCCGGGCCGCAAGGUGGAUUGCCCCUCCGCCUGACGCCACGUAAAGUCCAUGAUGAAUCUUAUGCGGGGUUAUUAGAGGCAGCGGCGUUUGUAGACUCAUCGGAUGCCGUGGACCAGGUUGUGGUGGUGCGGCGGGAUAACCUAGUGGCGUAUGCUAAUGAACGAAUCGGAAACAUUAGCGAUGGCGAUAGCUGGAGGUGGGGACCAAACACCGCCGAGGCUGUGCGGAUAGAGAGGGAACGGCCGUUGACGUCUGGGGAGAAGAUAGGUGCUGAGCUUAGUUUACAGAGGCUUCGAAAGAUGAAUGUACCCGGCCUCGAAAGCCAGCUAGUAGAAAUCGAAGGGAUGCUAGAACCCCUUUUAGGUGCUCUUGACGACUUGGCGUAUUUACCCUUAAAACUACUUUCUCUCCCCAAUUCGGUGCACGAUGAUCAAUUCGACGUUGAGGCGGGCCUUAUGCUUGGGACGACGCUACCUGAUUGUACUCAGCCCCUUUCCUCGAAGGUGCCGACUAGUAUGAAUGGAAUAAAUCCAUGA